GUGGUCAAGAUGGACUACUCAAUGAAGCCGUAUAUGAUUAACAUGGUGUAUCGUAUGAUCCCCUUCCUCUACGAACUCAACUGCUUGAUUGACUGGGCCGUCACCGAAACGUCCUGCGAUAUCUGGAACUACAUGCGCGUCGAAGAGAUCCGAAACACCAUGUUCAUCGGAAAAUACAAGUCGCUUUCGACGCAGAAGGAUUCGUUGAAAAACAAGGGAGAAGCGCGAGGCCGCACGGAGAAGAUCAUCUGGGGCUUCAGCAUGAUUUUCCUGAUCGUGCUGCUGCUCCUGCUUCCGCUGAUGCUUUUCUCGUCCGACUCCUCCGCACUGGUCUCGAACCCCGUGAAGUUCGCCUCGAUGGACGUGAAUCUGGCGGUCAUGGGCGAGCCGCUCAGUCUCUAUUCCUUCUCGCGCAGCGCGGACAUCGUCGACGCGAACCGAACGGAGUACUACCGCUGGCAAAACAUGUUCAAAGUCGACGGCAAGACGGUUCUGCUGCCCAAAUGGACCACCGAAUCGCAGAUCAUCAACAUCCCCUCCGUGUCGAACCAUCCGUGGGCCGUUCUCGAGGAGUACACCAAUCGCGUCAUCGACAUCGUCCGCAAGGAUUGCUCCAGCGUGCAGCUCGAUCUCCAAGUCAUGUUCGACCGCGAUCUUCCCAGCGAAGCGCAGACCGUGACGCAGAAGAUCACCAAGACGCUGAACCAGACGCAAUGCGACACGCUGAUCCGAAUGCUGGACCUCUCUUCCAUCGUGGACCCCUCCAAAGAGCCGCUUUCGAUCGUCUUCGAGCAUCUCUAUCCUCGCAUCUACUUCCUCAACAGCGCCAAUGAGCCGGUGAGCUACGACACCGACGAGUCCCAGUUCAACAGCCUGGAGAUCGAGCUGAAGGCGAGCCAGAGCCCGCUGUUCGGCUAUCAGUACCACUGGGAGGUCCGCAGCGACACGCCGGACACGUCUUCCUUCCAAAACGGCGUGCUUUUCUGGGUCAUCAACGAGACCCAGCUGUCUCGUAUCUGCUUCCGAGAGAGGCUGAACGGUAGAACUGCUGGCGUCGAGCAUCUCCUCGCUCGGCUCUGCGUCGAUCACCGGCCUGUACGUCAUCGUGUUGAUCACAGUGGGCACUUAUUUCCGUGGGUUCCUCGUUCCUGA